ACCACUGAUCCCAAUGAAGAAGCCGGUUCACGUUGUAUGCUGGGUUUCGACAUUGAGAAGAACAUGGGGAUGUAGUGGGUCAAUCAUUACUGAAGAAAUAAAACACAUUAAUACAGAGAUCAGACUCUCGGAACAGUGUUAUAGUCAGAAAUCAUGUCCAGUCUUUUCGGCGCAGUUAAAGCGGAGGCUGCCGUGAUGUCUAAUGAGAGCAGAGCGCCACCCCAGGGCUGUCCCAUGCACCAGGACGUUAAAACAGCCACACCUCCAUCCGAAUGCCCCAUGCACCAAGCAUCCACUACAGAACAACCCAAGAGUGCACCAGAUGUGCCAGCACAUCAGGACAGAGCCUACGAGUUUGUGCAGUGUCCUGUGACGGGAGCUAGAGGAAGCAAACAAACAGCUGACCUCGACCCUGCCAAUAUGAUGCCUCCACCUAACCAGAACCCUUCUCCUGGCCAGCCCUUUCCUCUGUCUGUGGCGCGAGAGGAGUCCCACAUCCCUCGCUCAGGAUCCGAUCAGAACUGGGUUUAUCCCUCUGAGCAGAUGUUCUGGAAUGCCAUGCUGAGAAAAGGGUGGCGCUGGAGGAAGCAAGACAUCUCUCAAAAAGACAUGACGAACAUCAUUUCGAUUCACAACCAGAACAAUGAGCAGGCAUGGAAGGAGAUUUUGAGAUGGGAAGCUCUCCAUUCAAAGGAGUGUCCAUGUGGACCUGCUCUUAAAAGGUUUGGAGGCAAAGCGAAAGAUUUCACUCCGAGAGCUCGCUUUCGUCACUGGAUGGGGCAUGAGCUGCCAUUUGACCGACAUGACUGGAUUUUGGACCGGUGCGGGAAAGAAGUACGGUAUGUGAUUGACUACUAUGACGGGGGUCAGGGGUCGAACCACACCGUCUUAGACGUCCGUCCAGCGUUCGACUCUUUAGGAGCUGUGUGGGAUCGCAUGAAGGUGGCGUGGUGGAGAUGGACUUCUUCAUGAAGCUGUGCUGAACAACAGAAAUAUAGGAGAUUUCUAUUAAUUUAUAUUUAUUGCCAAUGAUUUGUGCUCGUUUUACUUUACAGAAACGGCUGCAUUUACUGAACACAUUGUUCCAUUGCACAUACCUAAAUAACUGUCCAAGUUCUAUACUAAUGAUUAUUAUUAUUAUUAAUAUGGGCUAUAAAAACCAGACCUGGAAAUGGAAAAUGUAUAGAACUAUAAAUGUAUAUCACGGUUUAAUAAACUUGCUGUCUGUAAGAAGUGUAACGAAGGACUGAAACUAUUGAGAGAAAAUUACAUCGCAUCGCAACUUUACAGCUAAAACAAUUACUUGAUUUUUGAAAUAAGAAAUGAAUUAGUGAAUGAAGUGCUAUGUAUGGUAGUUAUACAGUCAAAAAAGUGUUUGUCCUUUUUGCAUUCCAGAUGUUUAUCCAGGGGGUCAAAUCUAAAUUUCACACUGAUGCCCAAUUUUCUGUAAAUUGCUGUAAUAUGAUUUACAUCCCCACUGGAUGAAAGUCACCAUAUGUUCAAUAAAAAAAAAAUUUGUGCAA